AUGGACGUCUUUAUAAAGUUUGUACAAGCAGAUUAUAUCGGAGAAGCUGAUCUCCAACACUUAACGCAUUACAAGUACAGUGCGACAGAUAAAUCACCAAUAGCAAAUUAUAUACUUAAGUACUAUUGGAAUUGGGCAAUCGAAUGGAUUCCCAGGUGGAUGGCUCCUAAUUUGAUAACUUUGUGUGGAUUAGGAUUUGUGUUUAUUAACGUCUUAAGUGUUAUCUAUUGGAUUAGUGAUUUAGUAGGACCUGGUCCAAAGUGGCUCUACUGGACUUUUCCAGUAGGUUUAUGGUUAUAUUCAACAUUUGACAACAUAGAUGGCAAGCAAGCUCGGCGUACUGGAACUUCAUCACCUCUCGGCGAGCUAUUUGAUCAUGGAUGUGAUGCACUUGAUUGCUCCUUUAGCGCUGUGGUUCUUGCUGGCGCCUUAGGCCUAGGGCAUACUUAUUAUGCUGUUGCCUUCCUUCUCAUAAUCAUUAUACCUUUUUACAUGUCCACUUGGGAAGAAUAUCACACUGGAGUGUUAUAUCUUGGGUAUUUUAACGGUCCAACUGAAGGCGUCCUGGGUGCUUGUAUAUUGAUGGUAAUCUCUGCAGUUAAAGGUCCAGGAUUGUGGAUGGAUGAAUUGCAAAAUGUAAUGAAUCCUGUGCCGGAAUUCAUUCCACCUAAUUGGUGUUUGGUAGACUUGAUCCUCCUUUUCAUGCUUUUCUCUGUAGUGGGUUUACAUAUCCCAAACAGCUAA